UUGCGUGGUAGGACGUGCAUGGUCGUACGAGUUCAGUUUCAGCUGAGCUUAUCCUCGUUUUGAGGUUCGUUAUCAGGUGAUGGACGAUAAUUGCUCGGACACGACAAGAUUAGACGCAUAGAGGCAUUUCGUGGCGUGGAUGGGGGGAGGGGGGUGGCUGGUGUAGAUUCGAGAUGACAACAGUAAACCCUUGACGCGUUUACGCCCCAUAGCUGUAGGCAAACCAAGCCAUUGUUUUCAAUGAACCAGUCCUUCGAUUUCGGCAAGUACAUAAACGCUUUAGUUCUCGAGAUCUUCGAAAACAAAGUAUCAAGCCUAUCGAGUAAAAAAAAAUCCAUCCAAAAUGGUUGAUAGAAUGACCUCCAGCUCCGACUUGCCCGUCGCGGAUCUCCCUUCCGCCAGCUUCGACCUCCCGUCCAUCGACGAAAUCAAGCGGGCAGCAGAGGCCGGCCAACGCAUCACGACCGAAGAUGUCUCGGUGAUCUCGCAGGUCGAAAGUGAACUGACCGGCUCCGGUCCUGUCCAUGGAGGGCCAGCGGCAACGGCACAAAGUCUGGCGAUGAGGCAGAUGAAUUAUGAUACCAAGAUAGACGAGCUCACGCGUAAGCCUCAGAGUCAUAUUACGCAGGAAGAUGCGCGGGAAAUUCAAGCUACCGAGGGACGCGCAUUUAAUCGACCUCCCGAGGCCGGCUCCGUAUCUGCGCAAGUUCGUUCCAUCGCGAAUCGAAACGAAGCAUUAGGACUUCCUCCUGUGGCUGUCGAUGUGCCGGUGUACGUGACCAAGGACGAUGCGCGGGAGGCUCAACACGCCGAAUCGACGGUAUACGGAGGACAGAAUCCACGAGGAGGCAUGGCGGCACAGAUGCAAAGUGCGGCCGACAAGAUCGAGUAUGCGCGACGCGGCAGCGAAUAGAUAGAUGCCUUGGUGCCUUGUUAAUGUGUCACAUAAGGGAUUCUACAUGUAUUCUACCACAUUUGUGUAUUCUAGCCGAAUAAACAUUUGGGUCUCCCCAAUUUCCGGGGAUUCUGCAGAAUUGUCGAUCUAUAUAGCUACUGUACCUGUACUCCCCCCUAUUCUGAAGCCAAUCCGGG